UCGCCUGACGGCAUCACACCUGGCUUUCCCUGAUCUCUGUCAACUGCUGCACUUCUACACACUGAGCAGGGAUGUUUUGCCUGUCUGUUUAUUGGUUCCCUCCUGGCUUUACACACUUAAUCUACCAGAUCAUCUUGUUCUUCUGCUUGGUCCAAAGACCUGGCUGUGUUCCUCUUCAGAUCCGCUGUUUAGCAGUAUGACUCCAGAAACUCAAGGCAUAACAGAAACGCCAGAAACAGUCAUGUGCACGAUACAGGUUACAGCUGCCAGUGGUGCCAUGUGCUUUAUCAAUCCCUUGUACCUUCAAGAGCAUGGCGAUGAUUGGCUUGCUCAUUCUUCAACCAGCCAAAUGAAUCUUCCAAUCAGGUUGAGGCGAGAAAGCCGGUUAAGUACCACGAGAGCAUGGGUAGGGAGAGGACUGAAACAGAGGUCAUCUACACUAGCCGAUGACAACUCUAGCAGUUUUGACCAUGACAGAGGAUCGUUUGAGAAGAAUCCAGACUCUCCAUCUGCCCCAGGUGGAGUUGUGCUUCGAAGGGCAAGUGGCGCCAGCAAGGAGGACCCCUUAAAAAGAUCAAGUGUUGACUCCAUUCAAAGCCCUCUCCCUCAGUUACCACAUCGUGUGUCGUGGAUAGAGGACAAGAUAUGGCUGAACUCAUCACUUCCUUCCUCUCUGCUUCAACCGCCCGGCUUAGAGCUGGACUCCCUGUCAGUCAGCAGUAUAGAGGAGGAGACUGAACCAGCUUUAAGCCCCUCCCCAUCACUACCUUCGCCCCGCUUCCACUUGGCAGAUAAGAUGAAGAACCGUCUCUCUGCAGUGGGUCAGGCUCUAGGUGGACUUAUGUCGCCACAGCGAAGACUGAGUAAACGUGUUCAGGAGAUGGCAGAACGGAAGGGAGGGGCUUUUGCAGAGGCUGUCAGGGGAUUUGUAGAGCAAACUCUUGCAAGUGAGGCUGGUCCUGGAGUGACCUGCACCGAGAUGCUACAGGAAGUGCGCUCUUCUCUCACUGCUCUGAAGGAAACCCUGUUUGAUUGUCCAGAGAUCCAAAGCAUCACAGACAGCAUUGGAGACAAUCCAGAUUUUGAGCUGGAUGCUGUGCUGGAGCUUGCCUUACAUAAAGUAGCUCUGAAGCCAGUUUACUCUCACCUUUACGUGUGUCUAAAGACAGCACGCAGGGAUGACUGCACUCUGCAGCGUUUAGAGGCCAACAAGAGCACCCUGGAGAACCGCAGCCUGGAGGAGCUGGAGGGUGCAGCAGGGGCUGGGGUACCGGAUUCCAGCAUGUUGGAAAAGAUCCAGCAACGCUGGACCACAAUGCAUGAGGCCUACUCACCCAGUAAAAAAGUUGACACCCUGCUCAAAGUCUGCAAGAAUAUCUACCAUAGUAUGAAUGCUAAUGCCAAGCCUGUUUUCGGGGCAGAUGACUUCCUGCCAUGCCUGACAUGGGUGUUGCUGCGUAGUGAUGUAGCUACACUUCAGGUUGACACCGACUACAUGAUGGAGCUGCUAGACCCCAUGCAACUACAAGGAGAGGGUGGGUACUACCUUACGUCUCUCUAUGCUGCCCUUUUUUACAUUAGCAGCUUCCGGCCUCGUCUAGCGAAGCGGCAACUUAGUGCAGAAGCACACAGAUCUCUCAGCCAAUGGCACCGCAGACGUACACUGCACUGCAACCAAUCACGCCACAGCAGAAAUCGUAGGACCAUCCGGAGACACGGGCCGGUAGAUGGAAGCUGUAAAACAUCCGAAGAACAGAACUUUUUGAAUGCGAGCACAGAGUCCAGCGGUCUGACUGAUGUCAUGCCAGCCACCUCUAGCAUGCAAGAAACACUCCAGGACUUAGAUGAAGAAUUAGAGAAUGUAAAGGAAGAAGAGGAGGGACAACAAAUACUGUCACCAGAGACGUUGCACCUCACCACUCCUAAAACAGAGGGGAAAGAAAGAAGUGAUGGAGUAAGCUGGAAAGAAGAUAACUAAAAAUCACAUGAUUCUAAAGGAAUGAGCAAAUGGUAUCUUAAUGGUAGUAAAUAGAACUUAAUAGAGAUGCUUGUGAAGGCAAAACCUGUUACUCAAAUGACACCUCAGAUCAUGCAACUUAAUGAAAAGAAUUCAUGCUAUUAUUUCUCUGAGCAACCAGAUUUCGGAUUUUUGCUUGUUACAUGAUAAAGUGUUUGAAAAAAAAACAAAAAAACAUCCACUA